AUGACUGUUCAACAUUGUUCUACUGAACCAUGUCAUGGUGAUCUGUUAGGACCUAUAUCUGCUCAAGCCUGCAUGAGUUCUGACCUUUGUGAUCCGACCUGUGACAGUAGCAAGAUUGAAAAGGUAUCGGCCUGUAAGGAUCGCUUAAGCGGCCUCGUGUCUGCAAGGGCACCACAGGCGACCGCGAGUCUGCAAGGGCACCACAAGCGAUCGCGGGUCUACAAGGGCACCACAAGCGAUCACGAGUCUGCAAGGGCACUACAGGCGAUCGCGAGUCUGCAAGGGCACUACAGGCGAUCGCGAGUCUGCAAGGGCACCACAAGCGAUCACGAGUCUGCAAGGGUACCACAGGCGAUCGCAAGUCUGCAAGGGCACCACAGGCGACCGCGAGUCUGCAAGGGCACCACAAGCGAUCGCGGGUCUGCAAGGGCACCACAAGCGAUCACGAGUCUGCAAGGGCACUACAGGCGAUCGCGAGUCUGCAAGGGCACUACAGGCGAUCGCGAGUCUGCAAGGGCACCACAAGCGAUCACGAGUCUGCAAGGGUACCACAGGCGAUCGCAAGUCUGCAAGGGCACUACAGGCGAUCGCGAGUCUGCAAGGGCACCACAAGCAGCCGCGAGUCUGCAAGGGCACCACAGGCGAUCGCGAGUCUGCAAGGGCACCACAAGCGGCCGCGAGUCUGAAAGGGCACCACAGGCGAUCGCGAGUCUGGAAGGGCGCCACAAGCGGCCGCGUGUCUGCAAGGGCACCACAGGCGAUCGCGAGUCUGGAAGGGCGCCACAGGCGAUCGCGAGUCUGGAAGGGCGCCACAAGCGGCCGCGAGUCUGCAAGGGCACCGCCACAAGCGGCCGCGAGUCUGCAAGGGCACCGCAAACAACCAAGACUACAGGGGUGCCAAUCCGCAUGAGUACUACAUAA